AUCGUAUUUAUAUUUAAUUUGAACACUGGGUCUAUCUGAGCUGUGCUGGGGCAGAGGGUGGAGAGAGGCUGCUGGGAAGCGCACAGCAUGGAGAAACCAAAUGUAACACUGGAGGAUUAUAAUUUAAUUCUUAAAAAUGCACCGGAUGGGAUAUUUUAUCGCUACCCCCUACGGUUGGUCCAUGGAGUGCCGCUCAUGCAACCUAUCGCAGAUCAAUGGGAACCAGUGGAGAACUUCCAGGCCAGGCCAGAUGACCUCCUCAUAGCCACCUAUCCCAAGGCAGGCACCACAUGGGUACAAGAGAUCGUGGACUGCAUCUUGAAUGAUGGAGACGUGGAAAAGACCAGACGUGCUCCCACGCAUGUUCGUUUUCCUUUUCUGGAGAUCUGCUCCCCUCCUCCCAUCCCCUCAGGUGUAGAUAUUUUGGAAAUUACUCCGUCACCCCGCCUGGUAAAAACCCAUUUGCAGUAUGAUCUGGUGCCCAAAUCUUUCUGGACACAGAAGUGUAAGGUAAUUUACGUUGCCCGGAAUGCGAAGGACAAUGCAGUGUCAUAUUACCACUUUGAUUUAAUGAAUAAGACUCAGCCUGACCCCGGAACAUGGAAUGAGUAUGUGGACAAUUUCCUGAAGGGAAACGUGGGCUGGGGAAGCUGGUUUGAUCAUGUCCUGGGCUGGUGGCAAGCCAAAGACAAGCAUGAAGUCCUGUACUUGUUCUACGAGGAUAUGAAGGAGAACCCAAAGGUUGAGAUCAGAAAGUUGAUAAAGUUCUUGGGGAAGGAACUAUCGGAAGAUGCUAUUGAGAGGAUCUACCAGCACACAUCCUUCAAGAGCAUGAAAGAGAACCCAAUGGCCAACUAUAGCAGUAUGCCACCUAACGUGAUGGACCCCUCACGCUCUCCCUUCAUGAGGAAAGGAGAGGUUGGUGAUUGGAUGAAUCAUUUCACAGAGCCCCAGAAUAAAAGAUUUGAUGCAGAAUAUAACCGAAAAAUGGCGGGAACUGACCUGAAGUUCCGCACCCACAUCUGAGGUCAACCCUUGACAUAAAACGGAGUAAUGGACCCAGCUGGCCUUGAAACGAAGAGACAGUCAUUGUCAUCGCAUGCCAAUCUAAUUGUGCAACCAAAUCCAGAAGUGAUGAAGCUUCUAAAAUCUCAGGUGCAAGAGAUGGAUCUGCCAGUCAUACAGAGAUCACCACCGUUGACUGGCAGAGUACAGAAAAGCCAAGACACGUCCAUGUAGGAGUUUGUCACUGCAUAACCAAAGAAGUCUAAGCCACAGGCGAUAUAUUAAACCCACAGAGAUGAUGUUCUCAGCUAACGCGUUGUUAGGCGCUGGACAGUAAAACCAGGAUGUUAUUGGAGAGUUCACAAGCAAUUUAUCACUAUUAGGUGCACUAGACUGGGAGGGUUCCGGAUGUUAGUGAAAAAGCGGGAGUCACUACUGUAUGCUAAUCACGGGCACUGAGAUCCUGGCAGGCACGGAGCCUUUGCCAAGGAGCGUCUGCAUAGGGCAGAAGUUUACUAUAUAUUGCUACUGCACAUGCAUCCGCUUUUGGAAUUACACAUGACUCAGAACCAGGCUCACUGUAUCUGCCCCAAAUGGUGCUAAAUCUGUUUGAGGUUAUUCCAGGAGGUAUUUCAAAAGGAAAUACCAAUCAUUUAUCAGCCAUGCAUCAUUGAGCCCGGAAAGUGCAUCCUAAUGCUAUUGUAUAAUGGGCCUAAUUCACUGCAUUUUUUUAGAUCAGCCCGCUGUGCACACGCACAGUUCCCGUCCUGCGUGAUCAGUUAAUGCGGUUGGGCAGGCAGAGGUGUUGGCGGGGCAUUGGUGAUGGAGCAUUUUUAGGGCAGCACCGGGGAAAUGGUGGCAUGUCGGUGGUGUUUCCAGGGGGGCUGCGUGUUGUCACACACAGCCGCUCCGAUUGAAAAAAAAUGGUGGCGGGACUUCUGCCUCGCAGCAAGGCUGCGCCGUUACAAAGUUUCUGCAAUCACAUUCCAAUUGCGGUGCGAUCGCAAUUAGAGCUUGAACGCAGUUGGUGGGCAGUGGGUAGCAUUCUGGACGGCCCCCAUCAUGCGAUUGAAAGAGUAGCAGAUUCUGCUUUUUACUGAAUUAGGCCCAAUGUACAGUAUAUGGGUGCUAAAACAACCUUUUACCUGUCACUGAGAUUUUGGUGAUAUCUGCUUUGGACAUAGUGGGCCGAUUCAAUUGUUUUGUGGGCGCCCAAAUGUAUUGGAUGCCCACAAGAGCUAUUCAGUUGUCCCCGUUGGGCGCGCAUACCCCGUAUGCUAGUGGUGUAAGUUCGCCCCAGUCACCCAGAGGUAUGAAAAAUGUUGGUGCCCCCCCAUAUAUAUGUCAUCACAAUAAAAUAGACACCAGCACAACUUUAUAGCACAUGUACAGUACUCCCUCCCCUGAUGCUUCUGCGCAGCGGUAUGACGAUAUAUACAAAAAAACACACAUGCCCUUUUCACUUAAACACACAUACGUACACGUCUCUCACUUAAACACAUACAUGCCUCUUAAGACACACAAAUGCCUCUUUUGCUUACACACACGCCUUUCUCUUACACACAUGCCUAUUUCGCUUAAACACACACAUACCUCUCACUUAAGCACACACACGUGCCUUUUUCGCUCACACACAUGCCUCUUUUGCUUACACACACACACACACACACACACACACACACACACACACACACACACACACACGUCUUUCACUUACACACAUGCUUCUUUUGCUUAAACAUGCACAUGCCUAUUUCACUUACACACACAGACAUGUCUCUUCCACUUAUACACACAAUCUUUUUCUUACACACACACACACACACACACACACACACACACACACACACACACACACACGCCUCUUAACACAAACGCCUCUUAACACACACAUGCCUCUUUCACUGAAACACACGCCUCUUUCACACACACACACACACACACACACACACACACACACACACACACACACACACACACACACACGCCUCUUUCACUUGAACACACACACACAUUCCUCUUUCACUUACACACACAUGCCUCUUUCACCUAAACACACAACUUUCCUUAAAAAAACAGACACACACACCUCACUUAAUAACAUGCACACACAUUAACACAGUGCUGCCAACAUUUAUUAAAGUCACCCCCAGCACCCACCACUUCCUACAUGCACCACACAUGUACCAUACCUCCCAACAUGACCCUCUCCAGGAGGGACAGAAUGCUCUGCUCCUGGACUUCCCUCUUAAUGUAUGAUUGCCAGCACCUGUGGUGAAACCUUUAUUAUCUAGAAACCUAUUCAAUACAAAUGAUGGCAAUCACAAAUUAAGAGAAAAGUCCAGAAGCAGAGCAUUUUUCCCUCCUGGAGAGCGUCAUGUUGGGAGGUAUGCAUGCACCACACAUGCACAGGUGCUGCCAGUGCCUACCUGUACCUGUGGCUAUCAGCCGGGAUGGAGGCAGAGAGCUUCACUCGGCCAGCUCAAUUGGAAGGGCCUGGGAGGAGCUGUGUGCUGGAGCUCCCCCUAGCAGCAGCCAGUGCCACUGCACGGCUCCCUGGAGAUACGAGGAUGCAGCUGUCGUGUCACAAGACACAGCUCUGCUCCUCUGCCUGAAAAAAUAAUGCAGCAGCGGCGAUGGAUCAGCGGGCAGUGUGGGGACAAUGGAGGAGAUGUGCCCCCUUCAGGUCAGGAGCCCAGCAGCAGCCGACUCCACUGCCUCCCACAGUUCCGUCAUUGCCGUAUGCACUCCCAUUAGUACCGGGUUUAACCGCGCAAAGCGGCUAAACUCCUUUAAAGUUCAGGUUUGGGGCGCUCAUACAGGCGUUUACGCAAAUUUCAGCUCACCCCUCAGGCUGCAUGCGCUCCUGAAUGGACCAACAAUUGAAUUGCUCAUUUGGGCGCCAUCUAGUGGCAGCCGGGGAGACCAACAAUUGAAUCGGCCCCAGUGACUUCAUUAUAUGUUGGGCGACAUAACCAAACAACGUACUAAAGCAUGGAGUACUCCAACUCUGACAAUGAAACUCCAAUCUCUGGCAUUUAAAUGAAAUGAAACACAGAAUGUACACCUGUAAAAUAAAAUAAUCACAAAUA